CAUAUAAAUACCGUAAGCAGAUGCUGUGCUUCACACUCCUCCGUCGCGCGCAGCAGAGAACAGGUAAGAAGGAUCUGAUUCCCAAAAUGGUGAGCAUCAAGGCAGUUCUGAUCAUGUGCGUUUUGGUGGCCACGGUGGCGGUUUCUCCCGCCGAUGCUGUUCCAACGAGACACAGUAAGCCUCGUCCUCAGCCUCUGCCCAGGCCAGGAACGUGCCCAGAUACGAGCGGCAUCGUCACCACGUGCGAGGUGACAGAACGCAACUGUCUCUCGGACAGCCAGUGCGGACCCGGCGAGAAGUGCUGUCGGCUAGGAUGCGGGAGAGAGUGCCUGGCUGUGGUUCCUCCUUACGGAAGUGGAAGGUAAAGGAGACAAAUUUCAAGCUGCUGAUGUCAUCGCGGUUGGCUCAGAAACUUCUUGGGAAGAUCAUUAAUGUGUGAUGAGUCACUGCAAAUAAAAUUGUGUGGCUUAUGA